AUGCCAAUUAAAUUAGAAAUUCAAGAUUUAUCGAAAUAUGUUAUAAUCCUUACUGGUGCAACUGAUGGCAUCGGUAAAGAAAUGGCGAGGAUUUUAGCCAAAUCUAAUCCCAAGCGAUUGAUUUUACCAGCUCGUAAUAUAGAAAAAGGAAAUAAAUUAUUAGAAUAUAUUAAAUCUUCUAAUGGGAAUGCAAACAAUGUUGAAAUUUGGGAAAUGGAUCUAGCAGAUUUACAAAGUGUAAAAAACUUUGCUAAUAAAUUCAUUAAAGAAGUUGGAGAAUUACAUAUUUUAAUUAAUAAUGCAGGAAUAGUCGUUCAGAAUCAAAUAAUUAAAACGAAGGAUAACCUGGAAUUACAAUUUCAGGUCAAUCAUUUAGCACAAUUUUUACUUACUUUAUUGUUAUUGGAUACAAUAAAAAAAUCGGUUUCUGCUGAAUUACCUGGAAAAAUUGCAUUAACUAGUUCAGAAGCAAAUCAGUUUGGAGAAAUUGAUUUUGAUAAUUUAAACCUUGAAAAAGGUAAUUACUGGAAUCCUAUUAAAUCCUAUGGAAAUACGAAAUUGAUGAAAGUUAUUGUUGCCAAGGAAUUAGGCCGUUUAGUUCAAAACGAUAAUAUUACAACAUAUUCGCUUCAUCCUGGUAUGAUUAGUACAAAUAUAAACCACAUGAAUAACAGAUAUACAACUUAUUUAGUAAAUUUAUUAGCAAUGGUGUUUGGAAUAACAGCUGAACAAGGUGCCAUCAAUACUCUCUAUCCCGUAUUUUCUCUCGAAAAUAAAGAAACGGGAAAAUAUUAUAAUGAAGGUAUUGAAAAGGAACCAAAUAAAGUUGCUAAUGAUCAAGAAGUUGCAAAGAAACUAUGGGAUGUUUCUGAAAAAAUAUUAAAAGAUCAUGGAAUGAUCUAG